GGAUUAUUCCCUGUCGCGCCCCUCCAUCGGCGUGUGGCCAUUAAUCGCCAACCCCUCCCCUCACUCCAGAAAAACAAAAACAAAAACAAAAAAAAUCCCUGGCCGACCGCGGCCCCUCCAUCGCCAACAGCCGGAAUCCUGGACGCACAAAAAUCGUCGAGCAGCUCUCGCAGUUGCCCAGACCUCUCGACGCUCGCGAUUUCGACGAAUAUCAGCGGUCCUUUCCCACCCAGUCCCGUUUCGCCUGUGCCGUACGGCGGUUUCUGCGAGUCCGAGCGGCCCUCUCGAGCCUCUUCUCCGACAACCCCGACAACACCAACAACACCAUCCUCAUCAUCGUCGCGCCGUCGUGGCCGGUCGCAGAAGCUUUCUGCCACCGGCGAGAAAGCAUCUAGGAAGGCCCGCAGUGUGCUGGGCCGGGUUCGCGCCCUUCGUCAGAUCGCAACCAGGAAGAUGGCCCAGUCGCCCAUUCGGAUCAAUACUAAUCUCCAUGGCACAAAACGGGGCUUGUCGCACGAGGGGAAUGGAGGCGCCGAUUUUCUGACCGUGCCUGGCCAGGAUCACGCGCUGGACACCUCGGCGACUGUGGAACUGCCGCCAUUUCUGAACACUUCGUUUACAGAGGCGCGGAAAAAGUUUGAAGACCUCGAAUGGCUUCAACGAUCGCGCAUCGCCGAAGGCGCUAUAUCCAACGAUCCAUCCCACCGCUGGGCUCUGGAAUCAAACUCGGAAGUGAAAGCUCGCAACCGAUACCUUAACGUGCAAGCCUGGGCGAAUUCUCGCAUCCGGCUGAAAGUCCCGCAUGGUGAAUGCGACUUUAUCAAUGCGUCACCCAUUCUCCUGGAAGACUCUCGCACGGGGGCGAAGACGAGGUAUAUUGCUACACAGGGCCCCAAAGACGGAUUUCACCUGGCCCAUUUCUGGAACAUGGUGUUCCACGAAAGCGACGAGGUUUCGGUCAUUGUGAUGCUAACACAAGCAUUUGAAGCUGGCAAAGAAAAGUGUGCACAAUACUUUCCUCUGAAUUUGGAGGAUCCGGUGAUGACACUAUCCAUGGACCCCAGCGACCCAGCAUCCUGCGACGAGGACUCCAAUGAGGAAGAGGAGAUUGAUACCCAUGGCUCUGGGAGCGUCACACUUCUCGAGUCACACUUUGACGAAUCAUGCCGGUCCGAGGUUCGAAAACUUGAGCUGCAAUUCGGCAGUGAGACUAAGAUCAUCUGGCACUUCCUGUUUGCUGGAUGGGCGGACUUUUCCAAGCCAGAAGGAGAGGACCGUGAAGCACUGCUUCAGCUUUUCCACCAGACGGCCGCAAAAACGUCACCCGAGAACCCUCGUAUCGUUCAUUGCAGUGCCGGAGUCGGCCGGACUGGUACCUUUAUCGCUCUUGACCAUCUUCUCCGCGAGCUAGAUUCUGGCGAGCUAUUGAGCCCAGACAACUUCAACGAAGACCCGGUGUUCGAUAUCGUUAACCAGUUACGCGAGCAGCGGAUGAUGAUGGUUUACAAUGAGAUGCAGCUGCAUUUUAUAUACGAAGUCAUCCGCGAACAAUGCAUCCUCAGACUCGGCGGCUCAUUUGACGAUGAUCUCGGGUCUGAACUCAGGUCGCCAAAGGUUGCCCGGUUGUCUGGCGAGGAGGAACAUGCCGAUUAUCCAUUAAAGCCUGAGCUGGAGGUUAUGCCCGAUACCAACACCGCCACCACAACGCCCUUGGCAGGAAGCCCAGGGGACUCGCCGAAUGUUUCUGAUGACGGCGAGUAA